AUGAAAAACGUUUUGGCCUUUCCAAAGAAGGAUGCCGGAGCAUCCGUAUCAAAGAAACUCCGGAAAAAGGAAAAGAAAAAAAAAAUGGUUUAUUCCAUCCUCCUUGGGCCUGCGCCGGCUUUCUGUUUUUGGCGAAGCUCUCUCCGGUUUGAGGAUGCUUGCUCGCAUUUAGGAAACGUCCAAAGUUUCGCCAAGAGAAGCGCGACGGCACCCAAGAGUCUUUUUUUUUUAAUCUGGAGAAAGGAAUCUGGGGCGUCACAAUGCACGCCACCUCCGAGAAGACCGGUGAAGAAAGAAAAAUGUUUAAAAAUUAACUCUGGCGGUCUUAAUAAAUAA